CAAGCACUGUUUGAUAUUCGACUACAUCUUCAACACAAGCACUCUCUAAUUCCUGUCGUUCUUUUGCUACUCUCAAUGCUCCCAUGGCUGCAGACGGACAUCGGCACACUGGCUCGGUUUCACAGGUCCAGAACCACAAAGCACAACUCGCAAGUGCAUAUAAUGAACUAGGCAAGGAGUUGUCGUCACACAAGAUCAGGGUCGUCGGGAACUAUACCCUGGGCAGGGUGAUCGGCGAAGGCACUUAUGGCAAGGUGCGGAUGGGGGUGCACCGCUUGACUGGGAUGAGAGUCGCCAUAAAGCAAAUCCCGAAAGCCAUGUCGGCUUCCCUCACUCGCGAGAUUCACCACCAUCGUCAGUUGCAUCAUCCGAACGUCACACAGCUGUACGAGGUUAUCGCUACAGAGUCCAAUAUCUGGCUUGUCACGGAACUUUGCUCUGGAGGCGAACUAUUUGACUAUCUUGCUGAGAAGGGCCGGCUGGCCGAAGAUGAAGUCAGAGUGCUCUUUGGGCAGUUGUGCCUGGCCGUCGCGUAUGUGCACGAGAAGGGCAUCGUCCACCGAGAUCUGAAACUGGAGAACGUCCUGCUCGACGAGCGAUGUCGCGUCAAACUCGGCGACUUUGGAUUCACAAGGGAGUUCGAGCGGGGGAGUCUGCUAGAGACCUACUGCGGCACGACGGGGUAUGCCUCCCCUGAGAUGCUUCUUGCUAAGAAGUACACAGGUCCAGAAGUUGACGUUUGGUCUCUGGGCGUGAUUCUCUACACACUCCUGACCGGUACUCUGCCGUUUGACGAUGAUGACGAAUUGGUGAUGCGGGAGAAAGUCAUCACGGGUGUUUUCGAGGACCCAGAAUGGCUCACUGAUGGUACGUGCAGAAUUCCACAUGUCUCGAAACCAGUAUUCAUUAUUCUUUUAUCAUGCGCAGAGGCCCGCGAUCUCAUCAAGAACGUACUUGUCGUUGACCCGACUAAACGACUGACCAUCGCCCAAAUUCUCGAUCAUCCUUGGUUUAAAACGGCCGCCUCCAUUCCUUCAGACCCUCUCUCACUUCAGGGGCUCGUGCCACCAACGUCCCCGGCCUCCCCAACUCUCGCAACGUCGUCUUCACCCCAAGUGGAUCCGCAGCCUUCCUCGUCCGUAGCGUCGGACACCACUUUCCACUCUGCCUCUGAUGAGCCUUUCCCGUCCAAUCCUACUACCCCCGAUGAGCAUAUUUCAGCAGCUAACCUUUCUCAAUCUUCACUUGCUUCUGACCUUGAAGAGGCAAUGAAGCGGCGAGCAAGUGAGGAUACGCUGAGGAAACUCACUGGAUCUGUUCAAGGACAUUCGCAUUCUCGGGCACAUCCGGAGACAGUGCAAGAAGAAGACUUACCUUCUGAUGCGCAUCUCGAUGCAUCACCAUCACGUCCAUCAAUAUCUCGAACUACCACUACAUCUUCAAAAGGUCCGCCGCAAUACCCUGCACGCACGCCAGCUCGGACGAAGCGGCGUUCUGUUUCUUCCACGCUUUCUGACCCUUCAUCGCCACCCCCAGGAUUUGACAAAGACAAACUCAAAGGUGGUCACACCCCUCAGGAUUUCUCAUCAUUACUCAGUACACCCGCACCUAUCAUCUUCUCCACGCCGCUCGAGCGCGACCUGCUCAAUGACCUCUCUUCUCUAGGAUUCGACACAGGUCAGAUCGUGCACUCCGUUCUGACAGACGCUUGUGACGCCACGGGUGCGUUAUGGUGGAUGCUCAAGCGGAGAGCGGAGAGGAAGGGUUUGGAGGGUCCUCAGGAUGAUAUGAUCCCCAUGGAGGCUGCUGAGGCCCUAGAACGUGCUAAAGCGGAGAGCUCCAGGAGGAAGAGUGAGAAGGAAAGACGCUCAAAGGGCGAGUCUAGCAAGUUAACCGUUCCUCCUUCUCUGGCUAUGACGCGCUCUGCUCCGGAGUUGCAGUUCAUUCCACCUACUCCUACAGCUGCAACUACCAUUCGACCUGUCACUCCACCUCGCGCUCACUCACCAACAAAUCCUCUGCUGUCGCCCACAUCUUCUACGACUCCCUUGGACCCUUCAGUCAGGUCACAUCCUUCCACACCAGGGGGCAGUGUCAAAGAGAGGGACAAGGACAAGGAGAGCAAUCAGGGCUCGAAAGGCCGGAAGGCCCGGGCUGGAAGUGUCAGUAUCAUGCAGCGGGCUACGACUGCACUUGAAGCUGCCGGACUGGUGCGGAAGAAAUCUGCCGAACGCGUCCUAGAAGACAAGGAGAAGAGCCUCGAGAAGCGAUUGGCUAACGCAGAAGAACCUCGGAACUCUCAUGGAAGUGCUUCAAGCAAGUUGACAAAGUCACCGCCUAUGAAGACUCUGAAGGACAUCGUUGUCCCGGGAACUCCUCCACAAAGCGUAGAUGGGCAUACCCCGUCAGGUCAGGUUGGCUCACCUUGGGUCAUCACAAGUAAACAGUCUCCGCCCACGACACCGGUGAGCUCGCCUGGAGAUACGCUUGGUGCUUUGCCCAAUAUCCCCGAGCAUGGUACUAGGCACCGUAAUCGUGCUAGCCUUUUGUCUGCGUUUAGGAUGUGGUUUAAAGAGGAUGCAAAGGGGAAGAGGAAGGAAACACCUCAGUUGACUACCGAAGCUCUUCCGCCGGCGAGAAGUCACCAGGUUGGUAGUCCAGGUUCAAGUCCAGUCAAUGGGAGAGGUCGCGGCUCAAUCAAACGGCGCACAAUCACUGCUGGUGGGAAACGGACGAGCACAAGUCAUCGUGCAAAACGGGCGUCGGUGUCGUCACGGAGGUCCAGUAGUGUUAACUCAAGAAGAUCUUCAAUUGCGUCCGCGCAUAUUCCCAUUGAUCUUAUCACUCCUGUGACCAGUAGGAGGUCAUUUGGCAGUCAUACGCCUAACUCUGAUCUCGAGGACCUCGUGUCGAGGCCGUCGUCCAUGCAGAGCUUCCACCAUCGACAUCGUAAAUCACCUUCGGCGAGCUCGUCGGGAUCCAUGUAUCAUGGCAGGAACUCACCUCUACCUCCAAAGUAUCAUCGACGAGGAGGAUCAGGGUCGUCCACGCGAGUGAUACGACAAAUGCACCCGUCCAACUCGAGAGGUUCAUCUCAUCUACGGUCGAACUCCGCCUCUUCAAAUCACUCGUUGGCUUCCUCACGUCAUGGCUCACUCUACGAUGUCUCGGAAACUGAGUCGCGUCGGAAGGGUUCUCCUAUCAAGCGACAGUCUCGAUCUUCCUUAGACGAUACUCCUCGACGCGCAGCGCAUGGCACCUCCACCUUCGUCGCCCAUAAGCGCCAAACACCGUUUGGCAGCAGCAACUACCUGAAUUCAUUCGGCCGGAGUAGCUGGAAGAAGUCCUGGGGACUCGAACCACCUGGUUGGCAAACUCGUUCGGCCCAUCCUGCUAUUGAGGUUCUGGAAAUCUUACCGCCUACGGAUGGGUCGGGUGUCAUUCGUGAUGUUUUUACAGGUAGACAUAGUAUGGGCGAUGAGUCUGAUUGGGUUGAUGAGGAUGAUGAUUCACCUGGGUAUGUUGGUGGAUUGGGCCAGAUGCCAACGCCCGCCUCGACGCCGUAUCCACAACCACCUGAUGGGCCCUUGAUGUCUCCUCCGCCUCGGGGCUUUGCUCGUUCUGGUUCCGGUGCGUCGUCUAAACGGACGAAUGCACAGAAUGGGUUGACGCCUGUGACAACGGCUGGUCGGGCAGGACGAGGGAAGACGGGUGGUCGAUCACCGGCGGGACGAAGCUCUCCGUUACCUGGUGAAGGCUCCUUUGAACCCCCGGAUACCAGAGCUGGAAGACGUCAGCUUCCUGCGGGGCGUUCUGCUCCUGCGUUUCGACAAACCAUUCAGGAGGAAGAUGAAGAUGAGGAGUAGUAGGUAGUUAUUUACAUACUUGGUACUUUUUCUGGAUUCUAUGGUUGGUUUUUGCUCUUGCAUCUCGCGCUCUCUCUUUUUCAUCAGUGCACAAUUGUGAAUAUGCAUAUCGUUAUGGAUUGUUUUUAACUCUUUUGUAUGAACAUUUGUUAUCUAGCUAUUUCUUUUCUUUUUUUUUUUCGUCCACAUUGCAUUCUAGCAUUUCCUUCGUUUGGGUCGGUAGAUCUUUAAAUAACAGGAAGAUACCCUGUAUUCUGUGAAUCCGAGUUCGAUGCUUGGACUGAAUGCAUAUCCUAAUCCUUGUGCGUAGCUCUUUACAUGAGAUGAUCCUUGGAUCUACAGCCGUGGCAUUCUCUUCGUC